AUGAAGUUGCAGGGACUCGUCUCCUACGCAUUAGAUGCGGAGCUGCACUCAGAACAAGAGGGGAAGAUGACGAAGCCGGCGAUGACAGCCGCGAGAACGACGAUCACCAGCGGCACAGACAACAGAGCAAGCUUGACGGCUGGCGUGAAGAGGCAGCGCGGCAGCGGAUUCGAUGUAGGCCCCAGCGAUGCGCGAAGUGAAGCACAGCGGCAGCGUCGCUGUUUGGGGUUUCCUGGCCUUCCCGAGAAUCACACGAAGACUGCCGGGGAGGGGCCUUCACCCCCUCGCCUCCCCCUCGCUGAACUCCUCUUGCAGCACCUGAAGGCGGCCGGUGCAGCGGCAACGUGCGCAGGCGUAACCGCCUCCUCCGACCCCGUGCAGCUACGCGCGUUGGCGGCCGAGGCGCUGCAGCGCGUUGAGCGACUCCUCUGUGCGCUGUACGUCUCCGAUAGCACCUCAACAAGGGUGCUAUGGACGCCGUCAUCCUCGACAUCACCUGCGCCAACACAGGACGCAGGCGAUGCCGCGCGACAGGGAACAUUGAAGGUAAUACAACUAGAGCCUGGCACGUACACCUUCGCCCCACUGGUGCGGGAAGCGAGAGCAGUGGUGCUGGCCGGCGGCACAAUGCAGCCGCUAGCCUUCACAUGCGGGCCGCUGCUGCCAGCACCGACAAAUCUUAGUGGCGGCACUCGUGGUAACGGUGAAAUCGCGAACAUGAAUGAGCGGUCUGCGGUAGGGGUGGCUGCUGGAGGGGUCGACAAGCGCAACCACAUCAGCAACGUCGAUGUGUCGUUGCACGGCGGCGUGGGGUGUGCGUCUGGGCUGCCCUCUUUUCACCUCAUUUCUGAGGGCCACGUUGUACCAUCGUCGUCAGUGCAAGUAUGGGCCCUCGGUACCGGUCCAAGCGGGCUUCGGAUGGAGCUCAGCCAGCAAGCCCUCGGCCUGCGAGGUGAGGCAGCAAGCACGGCAAAGGACACCGCCUCUCUGCGCAGCGAUACGAACCGCGUGAUCAGCCCACACGCACAUCGUGUGCUGGCUGAGGUAGGGUGCACGCUGCUGAACCUCGCCCGUGUGCUUCCGCCCGCUGGCGCCAUUUGCUUCUGCACGUCCUAUGACGUCCUGGACACUCUCGUGGCCGUGCUGGAAAGCACCGGCUACUACGCUCAGAUUAACGAGCUAAAGCGGAUCUUCACCGAGACGCGCAAUGGCGGGGGGAGAAGGGGCACGGCUAGCGGAGACGAGGGUGGUAGCGGUGAGGCCAUCGCCGAGCUUCUCCGCGAGUACCAGGAGUGGAUCAGCGGUGAACUUGGUGGUGACGGCGACGCUGAGCCUGCGCUGGGGCCGCUGUCAACUGCCGCGUCCGCUUCUCUUUCUUCCAACGCUGGCGCACCACAGCAGCCGUCUCGUCGUGGUGCCCUCCUGUUCGCCGUAAUGGGGGGUCGCCUGUCGGAGGGGAUCAACUUCGCCGACGACCUCGGCCGCGCCGUCGUCGUGCUUGGCAUGCCAUACGCGAACCCCACCGAUGUAGAGCUUCAGAUGAACCUGAAGCAUAUUGUCACGACACGGCUGAUGACGAACACCGACGCAAGUCGCCGAGGCAUGUGUGGGUCGGCAGGCUCAGUAUCCGCCACCUCCCUCUCCUCUUCGUCUCCGUUCACGAGUGCAGAGGAGUGGAGUUUGUACACGGAAGGCAUGAUGCGGACCGUCAACCAGUGCAUCGGCCGCUGCAUCCGGCACGCCGGCGACUACGCGACGAUCAUCUUGCUCGACGCCCGGUACACAGAGCGACAGGGUAUUCGCCGUCGCGUCUCUGCGUGGCUGCAGCCGUCCAUACGUGUAGCGCAGACGUUUGGCCAAUGCUUCAGCGGUGUCCGCGAGUUCUUCGUGGGGCGGCAGCCGAAGGGCUGA